AUGUUGUCUCGAAAUCUCACGCUGCCUCGCUUGGCUGUUCGUUCUCUGAGAACGUCAGCCCCGCUAACAAGCGGGCAUCACAUCGAGCACUGGUGGGGCCCUGAAAAGGCAGCCGGACGUGAACUUGUUGGGUUUGGAGUCAAUGGAGAUAAUACUUACGACGACCGCUUGGAUUACUGGUAUCCGGCGAUCAGGUUUCGCAAAGAGGAUGAUAUCAUAGCUCCAAUCAGGAAGAAGGAACUUGGUGAUUGGAAGAAUCUUUCUAUUGAGGACAAGAAACUUCUGUAUCGCUACAGUUUCAAACAGACAUUAUCAGAGUUCGAGGCGCCAACCGGUUACUGGAAGGUAAUCAUGUCUGGAUUCCUUUUCGUCGUUUCCCUCGCAACGUUCUACAGCGUCUUCCUCAAUUGUUACGUAUUCCCUGAAAUUCCUCCAACGUUCCAGAAUGAAUACAAGGAAGCACAAGUUAAGAGGGCACUCGUUCUUGAAAAGGGCAACUUCUUGGGAGCACCUAAAUACUACGAUUAUGAGAACCAGAAGUGGAAGUAA